GAAUACACUUUGUUUCAAAAUUUUAGGGAUCUUUUCAAGGGCAUUGCUCCCCUGGAUCAAAUGAACGCCCACUGGUGGAAGCUUAGAGAAGAAAUUCAAGGCUUGAAAGCCCCAGUGACGAGGACGGAAGAGGAUUUUGACCCAGGUGCAAAAUACCACGUAGCUUCCGGGAGUCAGUAUGUGAAGUAUUUCGUUAGCACGAUAAUUCAGUUUCAAUUCUACGAGGCUCUUUGCAAAGUUGCAAAAGAAUACGAACCAAACAAUCCGAAGAAGCCCCUGCAUCGUUGCGAUUUCUACCAGAACCUCGACGCCGGAGACGUUUUC